UGGAAUUUCAGGUGGGAACCCCUUGCCUUCAAAAUAUGGAUGGAUUUAAGACAGAGGAGUGAUUCUGACUGAGCUCCUUUCCUUUUACACUGCUCAGACUCGGCCUUACCAUGUCCUGGUUGUUGGCCAUGUGGAUUAGCCUCGGCUUCCUGCUGCUGUGCCAGGCCACACUCUACCAGACCAUCCAGCAGCACCACGUGGCCCGGCCCGGUCGCACCGACAUUCUCACCCUGGAGGGAGGUACAUGUGAAGUGAUCGCCGCCCACCGAUGCUGUAACAAGAACCGCAUCGAGGAGCGCUCUCAGACGGUCAAGUGCUCCUGUUUACCGGGGAAAGUGGCCGGGACGACACGGAACAAACCCUCCUGCGUGGACGCCUCCAUUGUUAUUGGGAAAUGGUGGUGUGAGAUGGAGCCGUGUCUGGAGGGAGAAGAGUGUAAGACUCUGCCCGACAACUCUGGAUGGAUGUGCUCCUCUGGGAACAAAAUCAAGACCACAAGAAGAGGGAGCCCUUCAUUGCCUGUUCUGUAG